AAAAUUCGGUCACACUAGCUGUCAAACGGCCAACUUCCGCUCUUUUUCUACCCAACUCGCGGAGCAAAAUGCAGCAAAAGCGCAGAGAACCCGUGCAGGCUGUCCAAGUCUUUGGCCGUAAGAAAACCGCCACUGCAGUCGCUUACUGCAAGCGUGGCAGCGGUCUACUGAAGGUCAAUGGACGUCCCUUGGAACAAAUUGAACCCAAAGUUUUGCAAUACAAAUUGCAGGAGCCACUUUUGUUGCUCGGCAAGGAGAAAUUCGCCGGUGUGGACAUCCGUGUGCGCGUCAAUGGUGGUGGUCAUGUAGCCCAGAUCUAUGCCAUCCGUCAGGCAAUUUCCAAGGCCCUUGUAGCCUUCUACCAGAAGUAUGUCGAUGAGGCCUCCAAGAAGGAAAUCAAAGACAUCUUGGUCCAAUACGACAGAACUCUGCUGGUUGGUGAUCCACGUCGCUGCGAACCCAAGAAGUUUGGCGGUCCAGGUGCCCGUGCCCGUUACCAGAAGUCGUACCGUUAAACUGUUCGAUCUGUUUUCAAAUCUGGAUUUAAGAGAUAUUUUAUACAAUUUGAAAAUGAUUUUUUUACGCUUACCCUCCCCAGCAAUUGUCUGGGGGUGUGCGUGAAUAAAACGGAAUAAUUAACUGUA